AAAGAUGCUGCGCUAUUGGGGUGAGAUCCCGGUUUCCUCCAGCCAAGCCAACCGCAGCUCCUUCGACUUGCUUCAGCGGGAGUUCCGCACUGUGGAGGUCCAGGAUCCACCAUUACAUCAGCCUUCAGCCAACAAGCCCAGGCCGACCACCAUGCUGGACGUCCCUUCAGAGCCUUGCAGCCUCACCAUUCACACCAUCCAGCUCAUCCAGCACAACAGACGGCUGCGCAGCCUCAUUGCCACGGCUCAGGCGCAGAACCAGCAGCAAGCAGAGGGCAUCAAGUUGGAAGAGAGUGAGCCACUGCCAUCCUGCCCUGGCUCCCCUCCCCUCCCUGACGACUUGCUUCCUUUGGAUAGCAAAGUACCCAAGAUGCCAUUUCAGCUGAGGCACAGUGACCCAGAGAGUGACUUUUACAGAGGCAAAGGAGAGCCGGUAACUGAGUUGAGCUGGACCUCUUGCCGUCAACUUCUCUACCAGUCCAUGGCUACUAUUUUGGCCCAUGCAGGCUUUGAGAGUGCCAAUGAGAGCGUCCUGGAGACCCUGACGGACAUUGCUCACGAGUACUGCCUGAAGUUCACCAAGCUUUUACGCUUUGCUGUGGACCGGGAAGCCCGGCUUGGGCAGACACCCUUCCCGGAUGUCAUGGAGCAGGUGUUCCACGAAGUGGGCAUUGGCAGUGUGCUUUCCCUGCAGAAGUUCUGGCAACACCACAUUAAAGAUUAUCAUAGCUAUACGCUACAGGUCAGCAAGCAGCUCUCGGAGGAAUAUGAAAAGCUCGUCAAUCCCGAGAAGGCAGCCGAAGACACCAAGCCUGUCAAGAUCAAAGAGGAGCCAGUCAGCGACAUCACGUUUCCCAUGAGCGAGGAGCUGGAAGGGGAUCUAGCAUCCGGGGACCAGUCUUUGCCCGUGGGGGUGCUGGGAGCUCAGAGCGAGCGUUUUUCGGCCAACCUGGAAGCAGAAGCCUCUCCGCAAGCUUCAGGGGGUGAAGUGAACACUUCACCUUUGUGGAACUUGGCCCCUGUGAAAAUGGAACCGCAGGAGAGUGAGGAGGCCAACGUCCAUGGGCACCACGGGGUCCUUGGCAGCGACGUGUUUGAGGAGCCCAUGUCGGGCAUGAGUGAGGCAGGCAUGCCGCAGAGCCCAAACGGCUCCGAGAGCAGUUACGGCUCCCAUUCCCCGGACAGCUUAAUGGGAUCCUCGCCAGUCUUCAACCAGCGCAGCAAGAAGAAGAUGAAGAAGAUGUGAAUUUGGUCGGCAACAGCCUGCAUUGGCUCAACGAAGAACUCAGAGCUGGAUAGGA